AUAUUUGAUAGGUUCUGAAUCUUUCUGAGCUAUCCUACAAACUGUAUUUGCACCUAGCCAAAGGAAAAAAGCUGCAACUCUUCUGCUACAAAAGGGAACACCCCAUUUCUCUUCGUUCUGUCCCCUCUUCCUCCCUUACCCCACCCCACGCCCCCCACCAUUUCAAACCCCAUAGCAAGAAAACCACCAUUUUCUUUCUUCUCUUCUAAAAAAGGGGAAGAAAGAAGAAAAAAAAAGUGGAAUUUUUUGUUUUUUUUCAGAGGAGGAAAAAAACAGAGCAAGAAAGAUGAGUGGUGAAAAAGAAGAUGGUUUAGGUUUGAGUUUGAGCUUAGGAAUCAUGAGUUGCCCUCAAAAUAAUUAUAAAACUACACCUUCUUUACCUUUGAAUCUCUUGCCUUUCAUGCAUCAUCAUCAAAUUUCUUCAGGGAGAAAAGAUGAAGGUGGAGAAAGGGUAAGAGGGGGAAUAGAUAUGAAUGAACCAGCGAGGAUGAUAAUAGAGUGUGAUGAUGAAGAAGAUGAAGAAGAAGAUCAGGUGUUAAUGGUUUCAUCACCUAACAGCACUGUUUCUAGUGUGAGUGAAAAGAGGAGUCAUGACAGAGAAGAGAACGAAGGGGAAAGGGCCACCAGCUCACUGGAGGACGACGGCGGAGAUGCGGCGGCAAGGAAGAAACUCCGGUUGUCAAAGGAGCAAGCUGCCGUUCUUGAAGAGACAUUCAAGGAGCACAACACUCUUAAUCCGAAGCAAAAAUUGGCUCUGGCAAAACAGCUGAAUCUCAGGCCAAGACAAGUGGAGGUGUGGUUUCAGAACAGAAGGGCAAGGACUAAGUUGAAGCAAACAGAGGUUGAUUGUGAGUAUUUGAAGCGUUGCUGCGAAAAUCUAACGGAUGAAAACCGACGUUUGCAGAAAGAAGUUAGUGAGCUUAGAGCAUUGAAACUUUCUCCACAAUUUUACAUGAACAUGAGUCCUCCAACAACCCUUACAAUGUGCCCUCAAUGCGAGCGCGUAGCUGUAUCAUCUUCUUCGUCCUCAUCGUCAGUCAAUGCCUCUCGCGCUCAGAACCACCAAGCGCCGGUGCCUAUUAACAAACCAUGGCCUGCAAUGUUCGCUGCUAAAACACUGGAUGUGCAAAGGUCACAAAUGUAAUUUAAGUCUUGUGUUGGGUAGGGAAGUGUUUAUAGAGUAAGGAGAUGAUUUACAAGAGUAGGAUAUGAUGUGUUGGGUUGGGUUUGAGAGGAACAGUUUGUUGAAUUUGUUCAUUUUAUUUGUGUAGGAAAAUGGUUUUUACUUAUAUGGUAAGAGACAUAAUUGUGUUUACUAACUAUUUUUAUUAUUAUAUAGUAGUAGUAUAUCCAUA